UCUGUCCAGCGUUUCCAGUCGGGACGCACUCCCUCCUCGUGACUCGCCGAUGUUGGAACCGCUAGUUGCUGCUCUUUUCCCGCGCGCCCUUCACACCCGUCUCUCUCCCCUGAUUUUCGCGAAACCAGUACGGCAUUAUUCAGCACUCGCGGCCGCUUUUCACCGUGGUCUCUCUCAGCCAACCAGUUUCCAUUACCGGAGUAGACCAGCGGCCUCCCUGACCUACCGUUUCUCCGCGGCCGACGCUUGUUCCUGAUCGUCUCCCAGUCUACCUGCUCCACUCCGCUAUUCGCUCGUCAACGACCUUUUGUUCAGUCGUUCGACCGUCCACUCCGUCCGGCUUCUCUCCUCACCUCUCGUUUUAUCCCCAGGUCUUAUCCGAGCGGCGGCCCUGAACGAUAAGAGCGUCAGUGUCAGGGUCAGUGUGCGAGUGGGGCGAUCGCGAGAAACGCGACGGCGUGAGACGAGCGGAGAGAGCCGGGGAGUUCGGUGCGGUGCAGUGCGGGUGAGAAGAGGGUGGCAUUCGUCUGUUGUCCGUCGUCCGAUUGCCAUCUGUUUUCACGAACAGUCUCGUCGUUCCCCGUUGUACCCGGACGAUCAUGUCCCUCAUCGUCGACUGCUUCCGCCGUCUGACGGAGUCGCCGUGCAAAAAUGAGCUCAGAGGCUAUAAAGUGACGGAUGUGAGCCGCACGCGAAAAUUCGGCAUCGCCUGUCGUAGUCUUCAGGAACUGAAGCGAAAGGCCUGCGCGAAAUUGAAUAUAACUAACGACCCAGAGGAAGUGAACGUCUUCCUCGUAGAUGGCUCGUUGAUCGACGAGGAAUACUUCCACACGCUGGAACCACAGACUACUCUGAUUCUGCAGCAGCCAGGAGAGAAGGUGUUGUCUGACGCGGACAUCCUGUACGAUGCGCUGAGACGCGUGAACAUUGAUUUCCUCGUCGCCGGCGACAGAGUGGCGCAAUUCCUGACGGAAAAUCUCAAGGCGAAAGUCGCCGUGUUGAACAGCGUGUUGAACAAGGACGAUACCAAGACAGCACUCAGCACGAGAAACGAGCAUCCGGAGUGGUUUGCAGAUUUGGAAACCAAUUACGUAACUAAAGAAGCGUACAUGCACCGCAGAUGUCAGGACAGAAUACGCGGUUACCUCUACAAAACGAUCGAGCAGAUCAAGUGCUCGGACGUGUACAUGAACGAUCGCAAGGCGAGGCAACAGCUCUUACGCGCGAUCGCGUUCUUCAAGAUCCAGCUUAAGGAAGAUCAUUAUUUCGGGUACUACUUCGACAGGAGCAGAGCGAAUACUGACUCUACGGACGACGAGACCGAUGAGACCGAUGCUACGAACCUAUGUUAUGAGCAUUGUCCUUGUAUGCUCGGUCAUAUCAGCAACGAGAGGUAUCUCCAAUCGCCGGCUACGGACGCAACCGAAUCAGCUAAGAUUGAGGAUGAGACGGACGCGAGGCAGCUCAAAAAGCCCGCGAAGGCCGAGGCGAAUGACGAAGAGCCGGAGAGCUGCCCUUAUCGCGUGAAACCGCGAAGCAGAGAGGAGCAAGUCGCCAUUUGCGACAACAUGGGCGAAUUCCGCUGUGAGGGACGGUGGAACAUGGACGGCUGCGCCUACGGCGACAGACACAAGAUCAAUCCGUACAGGUCCAAAGAGGAACUCGUCUUAUUUUCUACGUGGAAUUUGGAUCACAAGAUUGAGAGGUCAAGAACGCUCGUUCCGAAAUUACUGCAAAUCUCGCUGCAGGACACAAUCAAUGAGAAGGAAAUCUACGACUGUUACGACAAUCUGUUCACGGUGAAGAAUUUGAAACUAGUCCAUAUCGUGUGCCACGAUAAAGGUACGCACAAAUAAGCGGCGGCGCGAAAAGGUAUAAUAGACAGAUGAAAAGGAUGCCAAAGAGUAAUCGUAAACGUGGGAGAUGAUGUAUCCAGAUACGUAAUACGUAGAGCGACUACUCAUACAUGGAUCUUUACGGACAAGUACGUUUAAGCGCUGUUGAUAGACCAUAGAUUUAGCGAUUGUUAAUGUUACAUUCGGGUGUACUUCCGUUGCGGCAUACGAAACAUUAAGCAAUAAUGUUAGCGGCGAAAACUUCGUCGAAGGCUUCAGACAUACAACUUUACGUCGACUUCGCUCGCGACAGGUAGAACAAUCAGUUUCUCGAGCGAAGGAUGCUGACACAUUAUAGUAGAGAGAGUAAGAGAGAUAAACUUGACAUUGACAUUCCGUUCAUUAUUUUAUGCGACGCGAGAGAAAGACCUAUUCAUCAGCGUGGAAGGCAUCGGAAACUUUCGAGGUCGCAUCGGCUAAGCGCGAUUACACUCGGUUUGAAAUAUCAUUUCACGAACGUCAAGAGGAGCGCAUCUAAGAAUGUGCGUGCAAAAGAGAAGAAUGGCGUUUGCCGUGAAAUUGAACAGGGAAUGAGAAGACACGGAAGCUCUCGCGUAGACGUCGCAUCGAAUAAUCCCUCGAAUGAUAUCUCAAUCGUGCACGAUUCUUUCUUCUUCAAGUUCAAUACGUUUCUGACCUCUUUGACAAGAAAAUAUUUUAAAAUUCAACACGCACUCUGAUCUCUCGGAGAAAAAAAAAGCUUUACGUCGAAUGACCUCUGUGGAAGUUGUUUGCGUGAAACAAUUACGAAUACAGGGUUGCAUAAGUCGCACGCAAUGGAAGGACCCUAAUUUAUCCUGGUGGCCGAAAGCCGCCGAAAGAAAUCUGUUGUUUUCAGAUACGUCGUUGAGCGCCGAGUAAGCUCGGUGCUGAUAGGUAAGACCGAACUAACCUGAUCUGAUCCGAAACUAUAGGAGAGCUCUUCAUGCGAAAGGAAAAGGAACGUGAGGUAGAAUAUCUUUCAGACAUAUUUUUAUUCCGACUGCUCUCGAUAUACAUAUAAGAGAAAAAACAAAGUUCUGAUAUAUACACACACAUAUAUAUAUACAUAUAUACAAUAUAUAUAAAUAUAUAUAUAUACAUAUGUCUACCAAAAAAAUUUAGAGCAAGAUAUGUAUAUAUAUACGAUAUUAUUCCUAUAUAGGUACAGGUCGUUUCAAGUUUUCCGCAAUUCCUUACGUCGAACGUCUUAUCAAUUCGAAAUGCAAUGUUCCUGUCUUGAGGCUGAGUUGAAAAGAAAUUACAUUAUUCGUAUUCGUUUUCAAUGUGAAAGGAAAUGUGGAAAUCCUGCAACAGUCUGUGCACAUGUUAUAUAUUGGGUGACGUUUUAGGAAUUCUCGCCAUGCACGAAAUGGUGUUUCUUCCGACGUGAGAGAUGAUUUAACUAAAAAGGUGUGGCACGAAAGUACCCGAUUAAUAUCACUGAUUUCGUUUACUUUCAAGGUUACUAUCUACGUUCAUUUGUAUCCAAUGUAAUGACGAUUAUUCUCGUAAUUACAUCUGCGCGACGCGCCAUUUUUACAAUCACAUAUACAUACGCAACUGCGAGUCGAGCGAGCGUUAAUCAUCAAUGUGAGUAAUACAGAGACUGGUGUUUUAAGAAUCUUACGUAACUCGAUAUAAAGUAAUUUUUUAUACUUUAUAUGUGAUACGUAUCGCGUGCAAGACUUUUCUCCCUAUCAGUGGAUGAGAUUACCGUUAAAUAAUUUUCUCGCUGAAUAGAUAUGUUAUGUUCGUUGAUCAGGUAUCCGGUAUAAUUCCGCGUUUAUCUGUUUGAAGCGCGUCCUUGCUUCUGUUGUUCAACUCUUUGUUGCAUAAAUUCUUUUGUUGAAAAUAUUUUUUUGCCGAAUUCUUUUGUCGAACACAUAUUUUGCUGAAAGCGGAAAGUCUUAGGAACAUAAUGGUACCGAUUAUGUGUUACCAAUUAUAAAACAAAAAGCAUAGAAACGUAAAAGCCUAGAAAAAUUACGAAGAAAUAGGUGUCCCAUAUACGGAACAAUAUGCAACAAAGGGUUAACGAGGAGGGUUAUUCACUCUUAAUCUGCAAGACUGUUUUUCACAAUUGAUCACGUAGCUGCGCCUAUUGAUUUGAUCUUAUCGUUGAUUGUUAGUGAAACUGAUGACAAAGCGUGUCAUCCUCGAGUAUUCACAUAGCCGAUAAGUUACGUGACUAUAUUUUUAGACGAACGAGGAAUCGCGUUAUGAAUAUGUUCGAUAAACCUCCACAAGUUGUGCCAAAGCGACGUAUAUUUUUUUAUCACUUUUAUUGAUAGAGUGCUGUAUAGCCAAUCUAAUAACUGGCUUGUUAUUUUCAAUAAGAUUGCAAUCAAUUGGUCGCGCCAACGUGUGGUUCGGCGGAGUUUUCAUUCGUUACACGAGCGACGUGUACGCCAGCGAAAAUCAGUGUUAUCCUCGAGAUGACGGUGACGUUAUCACUUCUGUCGGUGUGUGUUGCGUUUUUGUGUGCGUGCGUGCGUGCGUGCGUGCGUGCGUGUGUGUGUGUGUGUGUGUGUGUGUGUGCGCCGAAGGACUAUAUUUGUGAUAAGGAAACGAGGCUCUACAUAUAAAACUGAUUUUCCUUUGCGGCGGGAAUAUCUUACGUGAGACGGAUCGUUGACUUUUUACAUACCUGUAUAUACAAUGACUGAUACAACUGUAAUGAUUUUUUUCUCACCUCUCGAAUUGUUGAUAUUAAACGUUGAUUCGGAGCGGACGUGCUCGAAGUUAGAUUCAUCCGCAGGAAGAAUGACAAGCAACGUUCCUUUGCAACAGCAAUAGACAUCUUCCUCCAUCUCUCAUUCCUGCUGGGCAUCGGAGAUUCGUGUUUUUCCUCUCCCGAAACGCGCAAAUGACAGCGAGAGAUAUUUUAACGCAUUUAACUGAAUAUAUGUGUAUCUCGACACUUGAAUACGUUAUCGUGUGUAUACAUACGUUGCAUACGUCGUUGUACAUACAUUGUUGCUAGAGGAGAGGCUAGCGCGUCACGUCCGUGUCUAAUUUCCUAAUCUUCGUUUUUGGGAGAAUGAUGCGAAGCAGGCCUUUCAUCAUGCGUGUGAUAAAGAGAUGAAGUAUUUUUAUUGAGAAAAGUAGGAUCUCCGCGUCCAUUCCCGUCGUCGCAUGCUGUGUAUCGGCGUACAUUUUAAGAGGGAAACUACACAGAAGUGCAAUACCUCUAUGUAGGUCACGCGUGUAAGAGUAUAGUAUUUUUCAAUGUACAAGAACUGUGUAUAGCUCCACUUUAGAAAAAUAUAUUUUAGGUACGAGA